AUGGCGGGUGUUUUAAACUCCAUUUGGAGAAUGCUCUUCGACGUUCUCCUCUUCUGGCAAAUUAGAUUCUUGAGAUGGUUGACGCGCAAGAAGCCCGAGCAGCUGUGGUUCGAGAUUCUGCGGGACUCGAAAACGUACGAGGAAUGGGAAGAAGCGGCAUUUCAACUCGAUGUGCUGCUUGGUAACGACUUAUGGCGCCAAAAUCCCACGUCGAAGUACUAUGAUUACCGACUCAUCCACGAACGCCUACAAUCAAUCAUCAUUGCUCGAGAAGAAGGUGAUAUUCUGCAGCUAGUCAAUCUGUUGCGGUCGGGACUAGUACGAAACUUGGGCAACAUAUCUACACCGCGCCUCUUCAAUCGUGCAUUUGCAGGAACAAAAUUGUUGAUCGAGGACUACAUUACACAAGUUGCACAAGCAAUUGCCGAUGUCACGAAACUGCCAACCUCUCCUGGUUCCGAUGGCAAUGGCCCUAUACCUGGCUUUAGUAGCCAAGCGAAGCUCGACUUGCUUCAUGAUACCAGACAAGCUUUCGGAAGAAGUACUCUGGUUCUGCAGGGAGGGGCAAUAUUUGGCUUGUGCCACUUAGGAGUUGUGAAAGCACUCUUUGCUCGUGGUUUGCUGCCAAGAAUCAUCACCGGAACUGCUACUGGAGCCCUCAUUGCUGCUCUUGUUGGAAUACACACUGAAGACGAGCUGCCGAGAUUCUUGGACGGAGAGAGUAUCGAUCUUUCUGCAUUUGCAGGAAAAGGCAUACCUCUAGAGAACGGGCACGAUGAAUCGAUGUCGUUUGAUGGUUGGUGGAACACUCUUGUGAGAAGAGUUCGGAGAUUCCUACGUGAAGGCUACUUCUUGGAUGUGACAGUCCUCGAGGAGUGCGUUAGGGCCAAUGUUGGAGAUCUCACGUUUGAGGAAGCUUAUAAUCGAACGAAACGGGUGCUUAACAUCACAGUUGCAACAACUGGAAGAGGCGGUGUCCCAAAUCUCCUCAAUUACCUGACAGCUCCGAAUGUCUUGAUUUGGUCUGCCGCAAUUGCUUCAAAUGCGUCCUCUCCAACCCUAUAUGGCCGAUCGAUUACUCUGAAAUGUAAGGAUACAUCCGGGGCGAUUGUUCCUUGGUCUGCCGCUUCUGACACGACCUUCCGACCCUGGACACACGCUUCAUAUUCAGAUCGGGAUUCGCCCUUAUCUCGCAUUGCGGAGCUGUUCAAUGUCAAUCAUUUCAUAGUUAGUCAAGCUCGACCAUAUCUUAUUCCUUUCCUACAGAGCGAUAUGCAUGGUCCAUCUCCCCUCUACACCCGCGGCGGGCGGACUUCCAUGACCGGUGGUCUGCUGAGACUUAUGACCAUGGAGAUCCAUCAUAGAUUGCAGCAACUUGAUAGUCUUGGACUACUCCCUCUCUCUAUCAGACGCUUCCUUGUUGAUGAACAUAUUCCUGCAGCUUCCGUUACGCUGGUGCCUGAACUCUCUGCAGGUGACUUCAUCCGCCUGCUCGAGACACCAACACAGGCUAGCCUGGACUACUGGAUCCUCCGGGGAGAACGGAGCGUGUGGCCCGCUGUUGGUGCGCUGAAAGUUCGUUGUGCCAUUGAAACGGAACUUGAUCGAGGGUAUCAAGUAGUCAGGAGGAGAAAAGCAGGCGGCUUACGAAGAAGAGGCAGUGCAGUUGAUAAUGCCAACGACAAAGAGCGAGCAAGAGAACGUGCUAACAGUGCCGGUGCGAAGUGGUAA